AUGUCUGGCAACAUUUCUGUCAUGAUUUGCUCCAUUAUCUGCCUGGAAUGGAAAGCUGAGAAAAUCUGCAAAGGAAACUGGUAUGUGAUUCAAGAAGUUAAAAGGUUAAGGCGACCUAACCCUUUCUUUAACCCUCACACAAUCUACUUCUUCCACCGUCUGGUUCAAAUCAACGGCAAAACUGGCAAGAUUCAUGCUCUACCAACAUUCAUCUAUCACAAAGACUUUCAACGAGGUUUACGACCAGAUUUCAACAUCAACGACAUCAAACUUUACGAGGAGUUCCAAAAUCACGCGUUUCGACUCAAUAACGCUAGGCAAAACUUUGCCAUUCCGUUCAUCUCGAAUUGGCUCUACUAUCCAAUUGACUACCAGAUGAGUCUCGACGAAGAUCUCAUGUUCUUCGAUGUGCAACUACCUGAUGACUCUAUGAAUAUAGAUGAAAUCGGUGAAAUGUUUGAUAUUGAUGUUAACGACAAUUCCCAAAACACUCAUGAAGAACUAGAAGAUGAAUACAUAUGCCCAUAUGAUCACUACGGAUGCUGCGAAAAACACAUGAUCGAGUUCGAGAUAGACCACUAA